CGAUAACCCAACACCACACCCUACCGGUUCCCGCGAAAACCCGCCGCUGCUGCUGCGGCGAUUAUACCUUAAUUCUCUCUCUCACUCUCUCGAAUUAAUCCUAAUCCAAUCGUAUUAUCAGUUUUCACUUUUCAAUUUUUCCAUUAUGUUUUAAUUAAUUAAUAAAUCACCCGCCCUUCCUCCCCAGCCAAAUCCCCCUUUUGUUUGUCCUUUUCCUUUCCCCCUCUGAUGGCGAGAUCCGGCGGCGGACGAUGAGCAGGGGCGGCGGAGGAGGAAUUCGGACGACGUCGUUCCACAGAAAAUCAUCAUCAGAAACAGCGUGCUUGGUGGUCGGCUGCGUGACGAUGAAAGGACUCUUCAAGCCCAGGAGCCGGACACCGGUCGAGCUCGUUCAGCACCUCCGCGAACUCAUCCUCUUCGCCCUCCGCAACCCCUCCGAUGUCCCCAAAAAGAAGCGCGAAGACAAGAUGGCAGAGCUAGGAAAAACUCUAGUGGAGAUAAGGACUAUCCUGUUCGGGGAAGGCCAAUCCGAGCCCAAUGCUGAGGCUUGCUCACAAUUGACCCAAGAGUUCUUUCGUGAGGACACAAUACGUAUCCUCAUCGUUUGCAUCCCAAAACUCGACCUCGGGUCUCGUCAGAUUGCGGCACGGGUGAUUACGAACUUGCAGAAGCAGAAGGUGCAAGGGAGGCUGGUGGCUCCGCAGUACAUGGAGAGCAAUUUGGAUCUUUUGGACAUUUUGCUACCUGGUUAUGCAGAUGACGAGAUAGCAUUACCAUAUGGAUUAAUCGCAAGGGAGCUAAUAUGCCAUCAGGUGGUGGCAAAGUAUGUCCUCGAAUCAGAGCACAUGCGCAAUUUCUUUGAAUACAUUCAGAUUGAGACAUUUGAAAUCUCAUCGGAUGCUCAAGCCACUUUCAAGGAACUUCUCACAAGACAUAAAUCAACCGUUGCUGAAUUUCUGACCAACAAUUUCGACUGGUUCUUUGUGGAAUAUAAUUCAAAGUUGCUAGAAUCCAAGGAAUACAUAACCAGAAGGCAAGCUGUCAAGCUCCUGGGAGAUAUGCUGCUUGAUCGAUCGAAUAUGGUGGUGAUGGUUCGGUAUGUGAGCUCGUUGGAUAACAUGAGAAUAAUGAUGAACCUUUUCAGAGAAGAAAAGAAGUCGAUACAGAUGGAAGCUUUCCAUGUGUUCAAGGUAUAAUUUUCAAAUUUGAUGGCUGACACCUCCAUGCUUCUGUUUAAAGACACGAUCCACAUCUUCCCUCCAUUCGAUUCUACCUUAAUUUGGCUGAGUCAGCAUCGCCAAGUAGAAUUGUUAUGUGACAAAGUCACUGCAUACGCAUUUUAUGCACCCUCAAACUCGACCAAAUUCUUCUCCAACUUGACCCCAGAGCCCGCAAAACCUGAUUCCUAACCCAUUUUAAAGUUCUCUUGGGAAUAGUUGAGUUGGGUGCGUGAGGUGUUUACUGGGCGAUUUUCGUGAUAGUACGAGCUGUUUGUUGCGAACCAAAGCAAGCCUCCUGAGAUCAUUGGUGUGCUGAUUCAGAACAAGAACAAGCUCCUCAGGUUCUUAGCUGGUUUAACAACUGAGAAAGAGGAUGAACAGUUUGAGGCAGACAAAUCUCAAGUGAUUAGGGAGAUUGCAACCUUAGACACCAGAGAACGUGCAAUCACUGAUUCAGAUAAUGAAGCUGAAUCCUAAUCUGAUAUGGAUUUUACUCUGAACACAUGAUAUGGAAACGAACUGACUAACAUCAAUCAUUCUUUCUUUCUUUCUAGGACUUGUCUGAAUUCUCUGUUUGUUUCUUCCUUUUUCCUUCUCCUCUAAUUGCCUUUUUGUUUUAAAAAACACGGUAAACAACAGAGUUCAUCACAGCAGAUAGUGCUUGUAUAAAGAAUCAAAGACUACAACUACGCAAGUAUUUCGUUUUAGUUUUCCCUUUUACCGGUCACAUGAAGCACCGUGUCUUAUAUUCUGCUUGUUUCAUGAUCCAAUUACUAUUUUCGUAUUAAAAUAGAAGAAAUAUGUGAAUUAAUGAUUUAUCGUCACAACACA